AGAAGCAGAAAGACACCUGAUGUUAGAAAUUUUUAUCUCAGUAAAGGAGAUAUUUAAGAUUGAGCUAUUUGAAGUAUAAAAUAUUUCCUCUUGAUACAGUCUCUGAUGAUAGGGAAGACGUUAAGCAGGGUUUCUAUUGGCUCCUAGGAGGUGGCCUUGUCAGAAAAUAGAGCUAUGUACCCUCCUUCCUAAUUGUGAGAGCUGCAUUAAGCACCCGAGCGUGCUCUCUGUAUGGUCUGAAGAAGCUGGGGCUGCAAUCAGCAGGCAUAACAACCAGAGUAGCCAUGACCAUGCAUGGACUUUGCUUUCUCCAGGGACUCACUUCUCUCCUCCUCUGUGUGAAUGCUCAAGGAAUCCCACAGCUGCAUCUGGCAGAGGGGGGCCAUCGCUGUGUGGGAAGAGUGGAGAUUCUUCACCAGGGCUCAUGGGCCACCAUCUGUGAUGACAAAUGGAGCAUGAGUGAAGCCCACGUGGUGUGCAGACAGAUUGGCUGUGGAGAGGCUACCUCUGCCACACUCAAUGGUUACUUUGGGUCCAGACCAGACUCCAUCCAUCUUAAUGACCCAGGCUGCACAGGAGACGAGACCCAUUUGUGGCAGUGCCCCUCCUGGAGCUGGGAUCAGCUCAACUGUACCGGAUGGCCAGCUGCAGGAGUCAUCUGCUCAGGAUUUGUACGUCUGGGUGGAAGUUAUGGACUUUGCUCUGGAAGAGUGGAAGUGAACUCUGGAAGAGGCUGGAUUCUGGUGUCUGAUGUGAACUUCACAUUCCCCACUGCCCAGGUCAUCUGUGUAGAGCUGGGGUGUAGCGAGGCUUUGUCUGUUCUUGGAAACUUGUCCAGAAAUACCAGUGAACUGGUGUGGAAUGAAGAGUUCCAGUGUGAGGGCCAGGAGCCUGAGGUCUGGUUGUGCCCUAGAGUGCCCUGUCCUGGAAGCAGCUGCCAGCAUGGUGGAGGUGUUGAAGUUGUCUGUGCAGAGAGCCCACAACUCCGCUUGGUGGAUGGGGGUCAUCGCUGUGUGGGAAGAGUGGAGAUUCUUCACAAUGACACCUGGGGCACCAUCUGUGAUAACGACUGGGACAAGAGGGAUGCUGAUGUGGUGUGCAGGCAGUUGGUUUGUGGAGAAGCACUUGGUGUUACAAUGUCUGCAUACUUCUCAUCUGGAUCAGGACCCAUCUUCCUCAGCCAUCUGAGCUGCACAGGCGAGGAGCCUCAUGUACGGAUGUGUCCUUCCCAGGGCUGGGGCAAGGCUUACUGCCUUCAUAGUGAAGAUGCAGGUGUCAUCUGUUCAGGAUUUGUGCGUCUGGGUGGAAGUAAUGGACUCUGUUCUGGAAGAGUGGAAGUGAACUCUGGAAGAGGCUGGAUUCUGGUGUCUGAUGUGAACUUCACGUUCCCCACUGCCCAAGUCAUCUGUGCAAAUCUGGGGUGUGGUAAGGCUGUGUCUGUUCUUGGAAAUGUGUCCAGAAAUACCAGUGAACAGGUAUGGAAUGAAGUGUUCCAGUGUGAGGGACAGGAGCCCGAGCUCCGGUUGUGUCCCAGAGUGCCCUGUCCCGGAGGCAGCUGCCAGCAUGGUAGAGGUGUUGCAGUUGUCUGCACAGAAAUCCCACAACUCCGUCUGGUGAACACAGAGAGUCAUUGUGAAGGAAAUGUAGAAAUCUUUCAUCAUGGCUCUUGGGGCACCAUCUGUGAUGACAGCUGGGACCUGAGUGAUGCCCAAGUGGUGUGCAGACAGCUGAACUGUGGAGAAGCCCUCAGUGCCACGUUCUCUGCUCACUUUGGGCAAGGAUCAGGGCCCAUCUGGCUGGAUGAGGUAAACUGCACAGGAGAGGAGUCCCAUGUGUUGGAGUGCCUCUAUAAAGACUGGAGGAACAAUGACUGUGAGCAUGAAGAAGAUGCUGGAGUCAUUUGCUCAGGAUACUUGCGUCUCGCUGGAGAAGAGGGACCCUGCUCAGGGCGAGUAGAACUGAACUCUAGAGGAAAAUGGGUUCCAGUAUCUGAUGUGAACUUCACGUUCCACACUGCCCAGGUCAUCUGUGCAGAGCUGGGGUGUGGCAAGGCCGCAUCUGUCCUGGGAAAUGUGACUUUCAGUGAGUACACAGGACAGAUGUGGCAUGAAGAGUUCUUGUGUGAGGGCCAGGAAUCUCAGCUAUGGUUCUGCCCCAGAGCACCCUGUCAUGGAGGCAGGUGUCACCAUAAAGGGAUUGUUCAAAUUGUCUGCUCAGAGUUCGCUGAAGUCCGACUAGUGAAAAAUGGCACCUCUCAGUGUGAGGGUCAGGUGGAGGUGAACACUUCUGCAGGCUGGAGAGCGCUCUGUGCCUCUCAUUGGAGCAUGACCAAUGCCAAUGUUGUGUGCCACCAGCUCGGCUGUGGAGUUGCCAUUGCCACCCCAAAAGGAGAAUACUUUGUGGAAGAAGGGGAUGAAAUCAGGAAAGACCAAUUCCACUGCUCAGGAGAUGAGCCCUUCUUAAGGAGUUGCCCUGUGAUUGCCCUUGGUGUUCCUGCCUGUGCCCAUGGAAACACAGCCUCUGUGGUAUGUACAGGAAACAAGACUCAGCUUCUGCCCCAGUACAAGGACUCCCUGUCUAACUCAGGAGAUUCCACAGCCUCAGAAGUACAGGACGCCAACUGCUUAGAUAGCAGACAGCUGCGUCUGGUGAAUGGGGGCACUCGCUGUGCAGGCAGAGUGGAGAUUCUGCAUCAGGGAUCCUGGGGCACCAUCUGUGAUGACAGCUGGGACCUGAAUGAUGCCCAUGUUGUGUGCAGACAGAUGAACUGUGGAGUGGCCCUUAAUGCCACAGUCUCUGCUCACUUUGGUCAGGGAUCAGGGCCCAUCUGGCUGGAUGAGCUGAACUGCACAGGAGAGGAGACCCACGUGUGGAACUGCCCUUCCCAGGGCUGGGAGCAGCAUGACUGCAGGCACAAAGAGGACGCAGGGGUCAUAUGCUCAGAGUUCCUGGAUCUCAGGAUGGUGAGCCAGGACCAGGAGUGCUCUGGGUGGCUGGAGAUUUUCUACAAUGGAACCUGGGGCAGUGUCUGCCUCAGUCCCAUGGAAGAAGUGACUUUGUCUGUGAUCUGCAAACAGCUUGGCUGUGGGGACACUGGGAUUCUCAAUACUUCUGUUCCUGCCAGGAAAGGUUCUAGACCGCAGUGGGUGGAUGGAAUACAGUGUCGGAAAACUGAUACCUCUCUCUGGCAGUGUCCUUCUGAUGCUUGGAAUCAAAGAUCUUGCAUUCCAAGGGACUCAGCUUAUGUCACAUGCACAGGACUGAGACCUAAGAGCUGUCCAGAGUCUGCCCCCUGCACAGACACACAGAAGCUGCGGCUCAGAGGAGGAGACAGCAAGUGCUCAGGACGUGUAGAGCUGUGGUACAAAGGCUCCUGGGGCACAGUGUGUGAUGAUUCCUGGGAUCUGGCAGAGGCUGAGGUGGUGUGUCAGCAGCUGGGCUGUGGCCAUGCGCUGGCGGCUCUGGGAAAGGCUGCAUUUGGCCCUGGAAAUGGAAGCAUCUGGCUCGAUGAAAUGCAGUGCAGAGGCAGGGAGUCUUCCCUGUGGGACUGUGCCAGGGCACCCUGGGGACAGAGUGACUGCAAGCAUGAGGAGGAUGCAGGCGUGAGGUGCUCAGAUGAAAGGACAACAGUUUCUCCCAUUGAUAGAAGUACCAGCUCAAGCUCUCCACCUGUUCCAGGUUUCUUUUCUUUACCUGUGAUCAUCUGCAUCAUCCUGGGAGCCCUCCUCCUCCUGGUCCUCAUUGUCCUGGGGACUCAGAUGCGCAGAUGGAAAACAGUGAUCCGAGAUCCUCUGAAGGAGGCCUUUUAUGAGGAGAUACGGUACCUUGUAAAGCCACAGGAGGACAUGUUUGACAACACAGGAAAACUAUUUGAGGACUCAGUGACUAAGCUCCCAUAUUACACAGAGGAAAAUGAGGAAAAUGAAGAGAAUGAAGACCCGAGGUCUGCCUCAGAACAUCCAGAACAGCAUGCUGUUAUCACAGAGAAUGGAUAUGAUGAUAUUGAAGAGUUACCUUUUCCUAAAAUUCCUUCCUCCCCUGAGAUGAGUGAGAUGCACUGUUUCCCACAAGAUGGUGGUGGUGCCAGGAAUUCUCAGUCAAGCACCUUCCGUCAACCUCCAAGAGAAGGUAGUAACUCCAGCAUGGAAGAGAAGGGAUCUCCAUUGUCACUAAGACAAGAAAACUUUAGAUAUGAUGAUGUUGAGCUUAGUGUCAUGUAAUGCCAUAUUUGUAGCAACUAAGUCUACAAAGAACUUUGUAAUGCUUUUCCCAAAUAAAUGAGUAUCUGUCAUCUUCAUUACUGUCAAGUUUUGACAUGUAAACCAGUGGUAUUUUUCCUUAAUAAUGUAGGUACAUUGAACCUGAUGGCCUUGGAAAAUUCAUUUUUCAGUCAUAAACCUUUCCUUCUGUGACACCAUAUGACCAUAUCUUUAAAAUGAUUACAGUACAAACAUAAACCAAAGCAAUUCUCACAAAAAAAUAACAGAUAAUAUCACAAAUCUUUCUCUUCAACAAAGAUAAA